UCGGUUACAGCGUUGGUCUAACUGGAAAGCUUUCGGGCAGAUACUAAAAAUGGCAGCUAAAUGCAUCGUCGCUUCAGGAAUUGGAAGUCUUCUUAUUGCUUAUGUUUGUGACACUGCAAUUUCUGACAAGAAACUCUUUGGAGGUACCACGCCUAAAACAAUAUCGAGCAAGGAAUGGUGGGCGGAGACCGACAAGAAGUUUCAGGCAUGGCCUCGCACGGCAGGUCCGCCUGUGGUCAUGAACCCCAUUGGCCGUCAAAAUUUCAUCGUCAAGUCGAAAUAAGUAAUUCGUAUGAACAACAUGCUUCUUUGAUUUGGAUCUGGACAUGAGCUAUGAAAAGUUUAUUUUAACGAGCUAUGGUUAGUAGAACGGAUCUUUCAAGUAAGUAUAGGCUUUACUUUUUAGAUAUAAAUUAGAGCUGUUAAUGAGCCG